AUUUGCAUCCGUCUUUGAUUCUAUGAUUAUCCGAGAAAGAGUUGUAAUUUCACUUUCUAAAACAGAAUCUCUACCAAUGAUAUCAUUAAUAUCCAUGAUGCUUAGGGUUUCUGCAUUAUAACUUUCGGUCAAUAACGGUCGGGGUACGUUAAAUAUGCUUACAGGAGCUAUGAUGACAAGUCAUUUAACUAUGGUUAAACGUGGUUAAUUUUCCGAUCGCUGUCUCAAUUCUCUACCGUGCUGGUCCAUGUGAGCACAAUGUUCGAUCAUGCUGAAAUCAUAGUACCUGCAGAGGAUACAAAAGAUGAAAAUAUGGAAGAAGAAGUGAAUUUAACUUUAAAACUUGAAGAAACUGAAUCACAGUCAGAAAUAAUGAAAAGUGAUAUAGAAGUGGAUCCUGAAAAUAAAAAGGAGAAUUCAACUGAAGAAAUUGUAAAAGAGUCACAGCUAGAAAUAGUUAAAAAUGAUGUCACAGAUGAGCCUGAAAAUCAACAGAGUAGUGCGUUUUACAAAGAGAUUAUAAAUGAAUCACAACCUGAAAUUGUAACUAAAUCACAGUUAGAAAUAAUCAAAAGUGAUGGUGAAGAAGAGCCUGAAACUAGAAAGUAUGCAAAACUUUCGAAAGAAACUUUAAUAGAAAAUGAAAAAAAUUUUGUCAUUAAUAUGGAUGAUAAUAUUGCACAUUCAGCAAAUGUGGAAACAACAAGUGAUGUUGAAAUGGAUGCAGAAAAAGUUGUAAAGAUAGCUGAUGCGGAAGAUCUAGAGUUAAAUAAGAAUGAGGAGCUCUCUAACAAGCAACAAUUGGAAGAUAAUUUAAAGUGCAAUACCGAUAAAGAUAAUUUGAAAGAUAUUUUAGAAACUGCUAGUAAAGUAGAAGAUAUAUUUUCUGAAGAACAGUGCCAAAGUACACAGGAUAUUGUUACAAGUAUCCUAGAUGAUGUAAGAAAUGCAACUGAUUUCAAGAAUAUUUUAAGCACGGAAGCUGUUGUAGCAAAUGAAAUAGAAGAGGUUUUUCAACAAUCUGGAAGUAUUCCAUUAGCAGAGACUGAAAUUGAAGAAUUGACUGAAAAAUUACCACAGGAUUCAGAAGAUAUCCUGAAUAAGGAUAUGGAGGAUUCAAUCUCAGAACAUAUAGAUUCCCUAGAAGGACUAUUAGGUUUAGAUUUAAUACCAGAGGGAGAGGAUUCCUCAUUGAAAGCAACAAAAGCUGAAGGGGAACUUCAGAAAUCAGACCAAUUAUCAAAGGUUGUAGACAUGAGUCUUUUGUUAGAACAAUCAGAUCCCAUUUCUGACAUGGCACAAACUUCGGAUUAUAUAACACAGGUGAUCAGUAGUUGUUUAACAGAUAGAAAUGAUUUACCAUUAGAAACUACAAAGAAAUCCAAUACAAUUGAAGUUGUUGAUGAUAAAGUUAAAAAAUCUCCAGCUAGUGAUAUAUUGAAAAUCGAUGGAAGUAUAAUUGUUGAGUCUAUAGAUAAGGAUGAAAAUGUUGAAGAUUUACAAAAAGAUUUAAAGCAAGUUACGGACCUAGAAGAAAAUGAAUUGGACAUAGAUUUUGAAGAAGCUCAAUUGGAGUCCGUAGGUGAUCUUGAAGACAUAGAAUCACAGCCAGAAAUAGAUAAAAAUGCUGUUGACGAAGAAUCUGAAAAUAUUAAAAAUGCAGGACUUUCUGAAGAAAUUAUAGCGGAAGAUCAAGAAAAUUUAGUUAUUAAUAUGGAUGAUAAUACUGUAAAUGCAACAAAUGUGGAAACAGCGAGUGAUAUUGAAAUAGAAUUAGCUUCAGAUAUCUUGCUGCAUAACAUGGAUCAUAAUGACAAAGCUGAAAAUGUAGGAGAUAUACAUAAAGUGGAUACUGAUUUAACAGAAACUGAAUUGGAUAUCGAAUUUGAGGAAGCACACCUGGAAUCUGUAGGUGAUCUUGAAGAAAUAGAAUCACAGACAGAAAUAACUAAAAGUGAUCUUGAAGAAAUAGAAUCACAGGCAGAAAUAACUAAAGGUGAUGUUAAAGAAACAGAACCACACACAGAAAUAGCUAAAAAUGAUCUCGAAGAAAUAAAAUUACAGGCAGAAAUAGCUAAUAGUGAUGUUAAAGAAAUAGAAUCACAAGUAGAAAUGCCUGAAAGUGAUGUUGAAGAAACAGAAUCACAGACAGAAAUAGCUAAAGGUGAUGUUGAAGAAACAGAAGUACAGACAAAAAUAGGUGAAGGUAAUGUUGAAGAAACAGAAUCACAAACAGAAAGAGCUGAAGAUAAUGUUGAAGAAACAGAAUCAAAGGCAAAAAUAGUUGAAGGUAAUGUUGAAGGAACAGAAUCACAGGCAGAAAUAUCUAAAAGCACUGCUGAAGAAACAGAAUCGCAGGCAGAAAUAAUUAAAGGCGAUAUUGAAGAAACAGAAUCAAAAAUAGAAAUAAAUAAAAGCAAUAUUGAGGAAACAGAAACACAGAUAAAUAUAGCUAAAGAUAAUAUUGAAGAAGAACCUGAGAAUAAAAACAAUAUGGAACUUUCUGAAGAAAUUAUAAUUGAAUCACAGUCAGAAAUAAUGAAAAAUAGUGUUGAAGAGUGUGAGAAUAAAAAGAAAAUGGAAUUUACUGAAAAAAUUGUAACUGAAUCGCAGCCAAAAAUAAUCAAGUGUGAUAUUGAAGAAGAGUCUGAGAAUAGAAAAGAACUUCCUGUAGAACUUCCUGUAGAACUUCCUAUAGAACUUCCUGCGAAACUUCCUGAAAAGAUUGUAACAGAAGAUCAGGAAAAUUUAGUUAUUAAUAUGGAUAAUAAUACUGUAAAUUUGGCAAAUGUAGAAAGGGCAAGUAAUAUUGAUACUUCAAAUAUCUUGUUGCAUAAUAUGGAUUGUUAUGGGAAAGAAGAAGAUGUUGGGGAUUUGCAAAAAAUUUUAAAAGGGGGUACUAAUUUGACAGAAAAUGAAUUGGGCAUGGAUUUUGAAGGAGCCCCACUGGAAUCUGUAGAUGAUCUUGAAGAAACAGAAUUACAGCCAACCAUAACGAAAAGUGAUGUUGAAGGGGGAUCUGAGAAUAGAAAGCACAUAGAAUUUCCUGGAGAAAUUUUAACUGAACCACAGCCAGAAGUAGUGAAGAAUGCCGAUGAAGAAGAACAUGAGAAUAGGAAAGGCGUAGAACUCUCUGAAGAAAUUAUAACAAAAAUCCAAGAAAAUUUAGUUAUUGAUAUGGAUGUUAAUGGUGUAGAUUUAUCAAAUGUGGAAAGAUCAAAUGAUAUUGAAACACAAUUAACCUCAGAUAUCCUGUUGCAUAACAUGGGUCAAGAUAACAAGGAUAACAAUUUUGAGAAUUUGCAAAAGGAUUUAAGAGAAGGUACUAAUUUGGACAUGAACUUUGAAGAAGCGCCAUUGGAAUCCAUAGCUGAUCUUGAAGAAACAGAAUCACAAUCAGAAAUUGUUAAAAAUGAUAUUGAAGGGGAUCCUUCUGAGGAUAGAAAGAAUGCAGGACUUUCUGAAACAAUUGUAACAGAAGAUAAUCCAGCAGAAGGUAAUCUAGCAGAAGCUAAUCUAGCAGAAGCUAAUCUAACAGAGGAUAAUUUAGCAGAAGAAAAUUUAGUUACUAAUAUGAAAGAUAAUAUUGCAGAUUUCCCAAAUAUGGAAAGAUCAAGUGACAUUGAAUUAGAAUUGCCUUCAGAUAUCUUGCUGCGUAACGUGGGUCAUGAUGAAAAUUUAGAUGAUGCUCGGUCUGCCAUAGAAACAUCUCAACCUAGUUCUGAAAUAUCCGAGCUUGAAUCAGCUGUUAAAUUUUUGCAAGAGUCUGAAGAACAAGCAAUGGAUUCUCCUUUGGUAUUAUCUCCUAAAAUGAUGGAAAGUGUCGUAGAUGAUAUAUCCAAACAAGCUGAUGCAUCCUCUCUGUUUGUACCUAAUGAAGAUAUAUGCGAAAAUACGUCAGAAUUAGAAGUGGAACUACAGAACAUCACGACGGAUUCGAUUUCUAUUUCUGAGGCGGAAAUCAUCUCGGAAGCUGCGAAAUUGGAAAGCGAGAGAAAACUUGCCGAGCAAAUUAAAAUUGAUGCUUUACAAGACAAGUUUGAGAUAGAUGAUGAUAAAGAGACAAUAAAUGAAGGUAUAAUCGAAGGGAAGAUAACACUAUCUGAGACUAAAUUUGGCGUAACACCUUUGGAGAACAUUGAAAUACAGCAAUUACGAAACUUAGAAAGCAAUAAGGUAUCUGACGCAGUGGUAACAUUACCACAUGUUUCACCCAACGUUUUAAAGACAUCCGAAUCUAUACCAAAAGUUUCGAUUUUAGAAGAACGUCUAAGAGAACCACCCAAGAUAGAAAUUCCUACUACAGAUGUGGCAAAAGUAUCGAUAUCUCCGAACAUCUCUAAAGAUAGUCUCUUGAUUCAAAAGGAUGCAAAAUUAAUUGCCUAUCAAAAGAUGUUGGAAUCGCCGAAGAUGUCCGAUAAAUCAGAAUCGAAGAUAGUUGACACACCACGAAAGGAUUCCGAAAAACACGAUUUCGAAAAUGUAGGAUCUCCACGAAUCAUUUUAAAGAUAGCAAAGUCUGCAAUCACUGAUUGUGGCGAACCAAGAUCACCUAAAAGUCCGAAGAUCAGAUCUGCGACCAACUCGCCAAAUCCUGAAGAUAGUCCAGGUCAAAAACUAGGGAAAAUAAAAUUGAAAUUAUCUAAAGGAGGUCAUCCUUCUAUAAUAUCCAAUGAGAACAUCGAAGAAGUUGGACAGUGGUAUUCCGAAGGAUCAUCAUCGUUGUCUCCUCUUGGUAUGAAGAUUAAAUUUUCAAAAUCCGGGGAUCCAUCUAUAGUUUCCGCUGAGAAAUACGAAUCGAUCGAUGAUUGUAAAGAGGGUAAACACAAAUUCGAAGAAACUGUGCGAACAGAAUCACCGAUUGGAAUGAAAAUCAAAUUAUCAAAAAGUGGUGAUGCGUCUAUAGUGCAACAAGAUGCAAAAGAAAUGCAGAUAAAGCAUAAAGAUAAACUAGAUAUGGUUCAGGAAAGUCCAAAGAGAACGGAAUCUCCAAUUGGAAUGAAAAUUAAGCUUUCAAAGACCGGAGACGCCUCGAUAAUACAAUCCGAGAGACAAGAUUUUUUGGAAGAAUAUAAAGAUAAUGUGCAAAUAAAACCAAAGGAGAAGCUCGAAUCAUGUUAUGGCUCUCCCAAGAGAACUGACUCUCCUAUAGGAAUGAAAAUCAAGCUAUCUAAAAGUGGGGACGCUUCGAUCGUUUCUCCGGAUUUGCCAGAAGAAAAUAAAGAUAUCAACAAAAUAAAAGAUAAAUUAGAGUUAUCUCCAGAAAUCCCAAAGAGGACCGAAUCCCCAAUUGGAAUGAAAAUUAAGCUAGCAAAAAUGAAGGGUGGCGGAGCUUCUAUAAUAUCGGUAGAAAACUCUGAAGAAGUAAAAGACAAACUAGAAAUUCCAGAUAUUCCCAAACGGACGGAAUCGCCGCUUGGAAUGAAGAUCAAAUUGUCCAAAACUGGCGAUGCGUCGAUCGUUCAUUCAGAAGUAUUGGACGAAAUUAAAGAUAAAAUGGAUACAGUUCAAGAUGCGUCGAAAUCAUUGGAGUCAUCGCAUAUUGAAGUCUCGGAAGAAGAGCAAUCAGUGGAAACUAUACAUGAAACUUUGCCAAAAAUUGACUCACCUCUUGGUAUGAAGAUCAAGCUUUCUAAGUUUGGUGAUGCAUCCAUAGUUUCUUUAGAAAAGCAAGAACAACUGGAAGAAAGCCCCAAGAGAACAGAAUCACCUCUUGGUAUGAAGAUCAAACUAUCUAAAAGUGGCGACGCUUCUAUCAUACAAACUGAUACGUCUGAAGAUGCGAAUAAAACGAUACGAACAAUCGAGGCAGAACAUUCUAAAACCACUGAUGCUUCUUUAGGUAUGAAGAUAAAGUUGUUAAAAACCGGAGACGCCUCUAUAGUAGAUCCAGAAAAGAAGGAUAGAGAACAGAGACGUCGAGAUGCUGAAUCAUCUCUGGAAAUGAAAAUUAAACUAUCUAAAACGGGUCAUCCAACGAUAGUGGCUUGCGAUAAUCAAGCGGAAGUAUACAAGUCCAAAGAAGCUGUUGAUCCGCCUCAAAAUUUUGCGCAAAGGUAUAAAGAGCCUGGGCAAAUCGGACACAAAGAACCUGCACUAAAGAUUCUUAAAAGUGGUAAUUCGACUAUUUUACAAAGCAAUCGCUCAGAACUGACAAUUGAACCAGUGCAAAUGCAGGGAAAAAAAUUAGAGAAUGUGAUUGAAAUGUCUCCAAAGCGGAAAGAUAUCACCAUCGCGCCGAUCGAAUCAAAAAAGUCUAAGCUGGAAACUCAGCUUACUCAAAUUUUACCUGAGGUUACUAUUCAGCCUGUAACGUCUAGAGAACAGAAGCAGUUCUUGUUCGAUCCAAAAAACAGUGCAAUCAGUCUUCAACAGAUGAAUGUGAUAAAUCAAGAAAUCAGUAUUACUCAAGUGAGACCUCAAAAAUCGACUGAUGCUUCUAUGAAUGAGAAAUUGAAGGAUAUUUUAUCGAAAAACGUAUCCGGUUCCCCGCUGAAUUCCGACUGUGAAAUUAUAGAACACCGUUCAGAAUUGAUAAUAGUAAAUGAGAACUCAAACUCAAGCCAGGAUGUUGUCAUAAUAGAAGAGGUAUCUACGAAUAGAAUGCCAGAAGUUAAGGUGCCCAAGAAAAGAGGUAGACCCAGAAGGAAUCCAUUACCACAAGGAAUUACUCAUCCUCCACCUCAUUUGUUAAUAUCUAGGGAUCCUUUGCCUUUAGACGACGCACAACAAAUGCAACAACCACAAGUACCUCAUUUUCCACAAUCCAGAGAGAAUGAGAGACCUAAGAGAACCUGCAGAAGCCAGAAGAGUUAUGCACCUCCUAGAAGAGGUAGAGGGCGAGGUCGAGGAAAGCGAAAAUUGGAUACUGUGGAUCCUCAGAUAAUGAAGAAGCCUAGAAUCGAGCAAGAUCUAAACGCGAUAGAAGCGUCUACUACGGCUGUAAUAACAAUAGAUGAUUCCGGGUUGCAACAAGAAUCUUUCAGAAAGUCACCGGAAUUGUAUAAAGCUCUUAAACAACCAGUAAUGGAUUCCAAAAUUGUUAAUUCUUCGGGUAAAGUCAACAAGAAGAUUAUGGGACAAAAGAAUGGCGGAGUAAAAAGUGCAAAUAUAGUUAAUAACACGCUUCCAGACUCCACGGGUAUGCAAUCGGAAACAAACAAAACACCGGAGAUGCGAUUACCUAAACCCAUAUCGAAUGACGUUAAGGAUAAAAAGUUGGCUGACAUCGUUCCUGAAAGAAUGCAAAAGACUGCAACGAAAUUAGAUUCCGAUAAUAGAUCCGAUAAACCGACGGAAAAUGCAAAAUUGGAAAACAAGGACAUGUUAGUACCACCCGGACAUCCAAAUUGGUUAACACCAGCAUCGAAACGAACAGAAAAUGCUACAAAGCAUGAGAAUAUGUCUAUGGUACAAGUGAUAGAUGAGGAAACAAGAAUGAGUGCAGAAUCGGGUUCCAGAUCUCAGACUCCAGCCAGAAAUAUUUCUGCACCAGCCUCUGAUACCAUAGUAAAUGAGGAGUCUCAAGGAAGUGUACUUAGUACUGCAACUACAGAAUCAGAAAAAGUAAAGGUCAAGAAUCGAAGAAUGGAAAUUAAUUUUGAUCCAGACGAAGGGCCAUUCACAGUCGAUAAAAUUGCUGAGUAUGAAUGGCCACUUGACCGUAAAGGUGAAACCUUUAUGAUACAAGAACAAAUAUCUCAAUACCUUGGUGUAAAAUCUUUCAAAAGAAAAUACCCAGAUUUGAAGAGAAGAGUUGUGGAUAUGGAAGAAAGGAAUUAUUUGAGAGAAAAUGGUUUGGUUAGCGAAGCAAUGUGUGAUAUGGGUCUAACUGCUAUAUGCAGUUCAGAAGUAUUAGAUGUAAUGUGUAGUGAUUUCCCAGAUCAGUAUGAAGAAUAUCGCAAACAUAUGCGUGAAAAGCAAGUAAAAGAACAUUCCAAAAAACAGAAAGAAUUAACAGCAGCUGCAAAUGCAGAAAAAAAUAGAAUUGAUCUAGCAGAAAUGGCAGUUCAGUCUGCAUUAUCUUGGAAUAUUAGCUUAAAUAAAGCUCGACGAGAAAAUAGGAAAUGCAGCUUAGACUUACAGACUUUCACAAUCCAUGUGCCAAAGAAACAACAGGAAGUUGAGUCGGAACGCAGAAUUGGUCACUAUCCUGUUGCGUUGAUACCAGGGCAAUAUACAGAUUAUUACCGCGAAUACACACCAGCUGAGUUACGGUAUUAUCCUCUAAAUACUGUUCUUUAUGGUCCCAUGAGGCCAAAUGAACGUAAAUUUGAUAGCCAAUCAGAAGGAUCUCAAAGUGAUACCGAUAGUGAUUCAUCUUCAGAUGAUUCGAGUUCGUCUUCUAGCGUGGGAACGCAAGAUACCGAAGGCUCACAAUCUACAAUGGAUGACGUAGAUAUGGAAAUAACAAAUCGAAAAGAUGAAAUAAAAUUAAAGUGCAAGAUGUGUUUGAAAACCUUAAAUAAACAUAGUAAAAAUGAAGUAUUAAUUCAAUGUGGUACAUGCAAUGGACAUGUCCAUCCAUCGUGUAUAGAUUUAACAUUAGAUAUGGUUCCUCAUAUCCAAUCAUAUGCAUGGCAAUGCACAGAUUGUAAAACUUGCGCUCAGUGCCAUGAUCCUGCAGACGAAGAUAAAAUGCUGUUUUGUGAUAUGUGCGAUAGAGGGUAUCAUAUUUAUUGUGUUGGUCUCCGACGAGUACCGCAAGGAAGAUGGCAUUGCCAAGAAUGUGCUGUCUGUGUGAAUUGUGGCUCAAGAGAACCUGGUGGUAUAAAUUCUGAUAGAAAUAGUGUCGCUCAGUGGCAACAUGAAUAUAAGAAGGGUGACAAGAAUACUCGCGUUUAUGUUUCUACACUGUGCGUUCCAUGCUCGAAGCUAUGGCGAAAGGGUCGCUAUUGCCCGCACUGCAGUCGCUGUCAUACUGCCCCAAGACUUGACCUGGAAGUGAAUCUAGUGCAUUGCAGCGCAUGUGACAAAUAUCUGCACUUAGGUUGCGUGGAGACCAAGGGAAUGCCACUAGACAGGAAAAAUUAUCUAUGUGAUUUCUGUGCAUCAAAUCGUCAGCAAACGAUGAAAUCACUAAUAUCGAGAACAUUGAGAACGUAAAUAAAAACAAAAUUUUUAUUUCAGCUCUGGAAGUGUAUAAAAUGUGAAUCACGUGCGUAAACGAUAAAAGUUUUUAUUUAUGUGGACAAUGAAUACAUUGUGAAGACUUAAGUAUGUAAUUGAUUUAUCAUGAAAUGUUUCGUACGAAUUUUGUGAGUGAAUGAAAUACCAUUGUACAUAAUUGUAUGUUUAUGCUGAAUUUGAGAUAUUAACGUUUUGUUAUACAGUAAUGGAUAUAAUUAACUACAUAUAAAACUUAGAAUAUAAAAAAAUCUCUCUUUAAAUGUUAAUGUUCAGUAAAAAUCUUAAGGAUUCUAA